AGCUAUAAGGUCCUUCCUGUAACAUGGCAGAAGCCACAUACAUGUUCGUGGUAAACAUCUCUGCUCGACUGUAGCAUUUAAAAUCCCUUUCGCGAUGGAGCCGGCGUCAAACACGCCCGCGGAGGCGAGCGCUACUAUGGGCUGCGACGGAAACACAGACACAUUUGAGAAAGUCAAAUCAAAGAGGAGUCAUAAACGCAAGCGGGACGCGGCGGAGGUGGAUAUGCAGCCCGGGGAGACGGUAGCGGCCAAGAGACCGCAGUUCCCGGCCUUAUCAGGAGACCAGCUCACGGGAGGCGCAGUUGAGAUGCGCAAGGUGGCUGUUCCUGCUCACCGUUACAGUCCUCUGAAAGAAAACUGGAUGAAGAUUUUCACACCCAUCGUCGAACAUCUGCAGCUCCAGGUGCGAUUCAACCUCAAAACCAGAAACGUGGAGAUUAAAACGUGCAGAGAAACGUCAGACAUCGGCGCUCUGACCAGAGCUGCUGACUUUGUGAAGGCGUUUGUUUUAGGCUUUCAGGUGGAGGUGAGUGUGACCGAGAUUAAUUCUGUUCGGUAGAGCUGGGGGAUAUGCUGAGUAUUCAUAAUCAAAUUAUGCCGAUAUGUCUUGCCG